AUGACCUUCCAUGAAAAAUUGAGAUUAGUAUCAAGAAAACUCGAGAUUACCGAAAAAGAUUUAAUCGAUUUAUCAAAAACGAAAUUAAAAAUCGUUUCCAUUGCACUUCCGGAAAAUUUGGCCGUUAGAGAGAAAUUGAUCGAUAUUUAUAUUAAAAAUUUCAAGCACGGUCAAGAAAAUACAGAUAAAAGCGAAGACGUAAUGGAGAUCGAGGAAAUUUCCAAAAACAUUUUAGAGCUGAAAGAAGUUAACGAGAAUAAUGACAGACAUUUUUCUACUGGAAUUCCGGAUGAUUUCAUGGAUUGGGAAGAUGCGGAAGGAAAUUUUCGAGGAAAAAUGGAUGAUACAUUUGGGCAAAUUUGCAAGGAAAGCGUGUUUAAAAAAUUCGAAGAGGUGCCAACAAUACCAGCACGUUUAAUUAGCUUGAUGAAGGUCCUGAAUGCCAAUGAGACUUUACCCAAACAAAGGAUCUCUUUAUUCCCUGAGUUGCUCUCUUUAAUCGAAGACUUUGGAGAACGAACUUUCGCUGUAAAAAAUUCGAAUGUUCUCCUGCAUUGGUAUAAUAGCAAGGAAGAUGAAACAGAAGACACUACUAUUUUUGAGACAAAUUUCAUCAAUAAAUCAACUUUUUGCAAUCUGAUCUUUGAACUGUUUCUAACAAAAUCUGGAAACAAAAGAGAAAUAAUCAAUUUUGGAAACUACAAAAAGCAGAAGAAACUUUUACAAACAAUUCAAACACUAUUAUGGAAAAAUUCUUUGGUCUUAAAUUCAGACGAAUUCAAGAUAUCCACUAACGAUUCUAUUCUACUACAAUUUUACAUAAAUUAUUACUUAUCUGCUAUGAACAAAGUCAUAAAUACUUUUACCUUAAAAUUAAACGAUGAACAAAAUGAUCUAAAACAUCGUUUUCUUCAACCGAUAGAAUCAUUGCAGGAAAUAAAUGAAAAGUUAGAAAAUGAAAACAAUGCAAUUGAAAGAGGAAAUGGCUGGCUGAUCUUAGGGUAUCUUCAAAUAUUUCUUUUUUAUGAUUUAGGAUCCAUUGAUCCAGUUCAGAAAAUUGCAUUAAAAUCAAAAUAUAUACGCGAAAAUAUCUCUGAAUUGGAACACUUAAUGCGCAUUGAAAAUUUGCAAUCUAAUAUCCUUGGAACCUCUUUAUCAAAAGAACGAGAAAUAUCAAGAAUUAAUCAUUUGAAAAUAUCAUCAAAUGAAGCAAAAAGUUUUGAAAAUUUCCAAGCAGUUAGACCCUCAUUGAAUUUCCAAAAUUUGAGAGAAGAAGUAGAGAAUUUUUCAAGUAAUAUAGGUUCAUUUGAGUCAAUAUUUAAACAAGUCAAGCAAUUAAAUGAAGUAGCUCAACAACUUCAUAAGAAAGAAUGGCAAGAAUCGCAUAAAGAAAGAUUGCAUGAAGCUGUAAUUUGGAAGAAGUCAUUAGAAAGAUUCUCUGGAAAAUUAGAAAAUAACUUCCUAAUUGGUUUCCCAGACUUGGUUUCACCAAUGAUUUCAGCAAUUUCUAAUUUACAUCAUGGAUUAUCAAUUUUAAUUCAUGAACUUUCAAACAUGCAGUUUGAGAACUCUAAUGGUGAUAUCUGUUAUAAUUUGUUGCGAUUCCCUGUAACUGGCUUGUGUCAGGAAAAUUACAUAAAUUUGGUGAAACUAUGUUCUUCAGAGAAACUAGUUUCCAUUUUAAUGAAACAAUCAAAAUCAAAAUCUGUCCAAACAAACAGAUUUACAAUGAUUAAAAUUGCAUUGAAGGAACUUGAAAAUUUGUCUCUGGUUGUUAGAAAUGAUAUAAAAUCACUAUGGGAAGAACUAAAUAAAAUAUUUCUCAAGAUUAGGAUCUUAUGGAAGGAACAAGAAAAAAAAAGAGAAGAAGAAAUGAGAGAAAAACAAAGCUUGUUCAAAACAAAAUUUCAAACAAAAGAAGAAGAAGAAUUAGAUUUCAGAAACAUGUUCCCAGGUUAUCAACAAGACUUCCUAGAACUAGCAGAAGUAUUCCCAGGGAAUCUCUCAGAACUAGAAAGAAUUCCAGAAAACGUCUUCAGAAUGGGUAGAAACAAUUUAGAAACUGAUGAAUUUAAUUUGAAGCCCAAUUUCAUUGAGCCUUUAAUCCAGAGAUUUGAAAUGAUAGGAUCUUCAAUAAAAACUUGGUCAGAAAAUUUGUCUUCUCAACUAGUAUGCUGCUUAAACGUGAUAAUUUCACAAAAAUCCAGUUUUGAUGAUAGAAAAAAUAAUUAUAAGGUAUAUGAUUUCUAUAGAGAUCCAAAUAUACCAGAAAUUGAAGAAUGUCAACCACUUUUUGAUAGACUUUGUGAAAGAAUCAAUGAAUUUUUAAAGGAAUGGCCUGAUAAUCCGAUUUUAAAUUCAAUAAAACUGAUAAUCGAUAGACUUUUCAGUUUUUCCAUUGAUUCUUCAUUAUCUAGAUUUUUAGUUGGAGUGGAAUUAUUACUAACGAAAAUUAAACAAUGGGAAGAAAAUGCUCGCUCUGAUGUCAGUUUGGCAGAAUUUAUUGAAUCUUUUGGUGCAAAGAUUCUUUGUUGGAGAAAACUUGAGAUUUCAAGGUGGAAGGAUUCGUUGGAAGUACUUGAAGAUGAUUUGAAAACAGAAGCGUCAAAGUGGUGGUUCUUCUUAUUUAAUUUGAUAGAUCAAUACAUUAUAGAGAACACUGAGAAUGUUGAACAGUCAAAUGAAACUGAAAAGUUAAAAGAUUCAAGUAAAUCUGAUAACAUUUCAAAAGAAAAGAUAAUUGAAAGCUUGGAACGUUUCUUAACAGAAUCAUCUUUAAUCGAAUUUGAAACAAGACUCCAAUUAAUGUAUCUUUUUCAUCAACAUAUUAGUCAUUUCGAAGAAACAAGAAAACAGAAAGAAUUAUUAGCUAUAUUCUGGAACAUUUAUUUCUAUUAUAGUCAGUUUCUUAAUGAUGUUCAAAAUAAGAUAAAGGUAUUGAAAGAGCCUAUUGCUAAGAAAUUAAAAGAUACCAUUAAAAUUACAAGGUGGAAUGACAUAAGUUAUUGGUCUGUAAAAAACACUGCUGAAAAGACACGAAGAACAUUACACAAAUUUGUGAAAGAGUUCCAAAAAUGUUUACAAGAAAAUGUUGCAUCCACUUUGACUUUAAAAACGAAAGCAGAGAUAUUAGAAACUAAUUCUAGAAAAGAACUUGAACCUGUUGAUUUCUUAGUCAAUUUAGAGUCAAGAAACCUGCAGAAGGUUGAGAAACUAACACACAAAGCUCGUCAGUUUUGUGAAAAUAUUAUUGCAAAAAAUGAUUAUCCCCAAAUUCGAAAGGAUAUUGAAAUUUUUAUAGACGAAAGUCUUGAAGAAAGUAAGAAACUAAGAAAUUUGGAAGUCGAUAAAACUUUGACAAAAGCUAAACAACAAUCGCAACUAAAGAGCAUGCUUCAGCAAAAAAAGAUGGCAUUGGCAAAUUAUUUUAAAACAUUAAAUCAUCUUGGAAUUUCUUAUAGAAUAGGUAUUUUAACUUGGAAAAAUCGAAAAAAUGAAAUCACAAACUUCAUGACUGUGCCUUUAGAUCUUCGAGAAAUACAAAGACUCACAUUUAUAAAGAGUAAAAAUGAAAAUAUGGACAAAGGACUAAUUGAACAGUGGUCUGGUUGUAAUAAAUAUUACUAUGAAUCUUUGAUUAAACUAAAUUUCCUUGAUAGCAUUUUAAAUUCAGGUAAAAGUGACCUCGAUAUACAUAAUGCUGAACGUUGUCGUGGUUUUUCAGUUCAUCUUGUAUUGCUGGCGCAUCGGCAAAAAGAAACGAUUGCAAACUUCUUUGAAAAGUUUCUUCCAUUAAAGAUUCAAGUAUCAAAUCUUAUAUUAAUGAUGGAAGAAAUUAAUAAAAAGAUUUCAAAUAGUAGUGUUAUACAAAAAAAUAUUUCAGAAAUUGUAGAAUCUAUCAAGCUGCUCAAAAUGUCUAAUACUUCCAAAGUUUUACAAGUAUUGGAAUUUAUAAAGAACAUCGGAAUUUCAGAAAUUUCUGUAUUUCUGGAAAUGAUAAAAAAAUCAUCUGAAAGAUUGGUUGAAUUAGAAAAAAUUCUUGAAUUUACAAAAUCAAUAGAUAUUUUAGACGUUUCUGAAAUUAUUUCUAUCUUAGAAAUUGCAAAAACUGGUGGAAUCUUAGAUAUUUCUCAACUAAUGGAAGUUUUAAAAAUAAUAAAUGAAAAUGUAACUAAAGAUUCUGACAAAAAUUAUGUUCCCAUGCAAAAGAACUUACAAGUUGUCAUAAAUAGUUUUCAGGAAUUAUUAGAAGUGUUACAGAUAUCUAUGAAACAAAUUAUAAUUUUUUUGGAGAGUUGUCCAAUGGAAUCCCUUACAGAAGAAACCCUUGAUUUAAAUGAAAUUACAAUUCCUGUUUUAAAAGAAAGGAAUGUUUUACAAAAUUCAAUUGUCUCAAUGAAAAACUCUUUACACUUAAUAACAGAUAUGGCAAACGAGCUGAAUUCAUGGACGAUAAUUUCAAAAAGAAUUGAAAAGUUAGGUCAAACUUUCUUAUUUCAUCAAAGACAUAUUGAUAUUCUUCAGUCAAAUUAUCAAAAAAUCAAUGAAGUUAGAAAACUAUUGAUUGACCUAAGAUCGGAACAGUCUGUUGAAUCCGAAAAUUUGAAAGAAUAUCAAGCCAAAUUGGAUGUAUUAGUUACACAAAUUCUUCUUGUUAUUCAGAAAAAAUUCAAAGAUAAAAAAUUAAUAAAAUCUUUAGAGAAAGAUAUUCCAGAUUUACGUUUAAAGACUGUAUCACAUAUAUUUGGAGACUUAUUGCAAAUUAUAUAUGAAUGUGAUGUUAAGUCUGCAAAUAACUGCAUAAGAUCACUUUUGCAGCAUCUACCUCUUAUCGAACAGUAUACAUUAUUUCUUCAUUUCUAUUUAUAUGAACAAGUGGCAUCUUUUCGUCUGACCUGCAAAUUCCUCUACCUUCAACUGAACGUCUUUUUGGAUUUAGCAACAAAUGGUUUUUGUCAACCAAAAGAUUUGAAUGCUCCUGAAGAUAAUCAAGAAGGUGAUACAGCUGAAGGAGGAAUGGGAUUGGCUGAAGGUGAGGGACAUAAAGACAUUUCAGAGAAAAUUGAAACUGAAGAUCAGUUAGAAGAAGUUAAAGGUCCAAAUGAAGAAGAAAAGGACAAUGAAAAGAAAGAUAUGAAGGAAGAAGAAAAGGGUAUAGAGAUGUCAGAAAAUUUUGAAGGUCAUGCGCAAGAACUUGAACGUGAAGAAGAAAAAAAUAAUGAGGAAAAUGAUGAUAUCGACAAGGAAAUGGAAAAUGAAAAAGAAGAAAGUGGAACAGGUGAAAAAACUGGUCAAGAAGAAUUAAGUGCAAAAGAUACAGAUGAAAACAAAAAUAAAGAUGACAAUGAAGAAAGAGAAUACAAUGAUGAAAGGAAAGAAGAAAAAAAAGAUAUCAAAGAAUUUCAAGAACCUGAAGUAAAUGAGGAUCAGAUAGAUCCUUAUCAUGGAAAGAAUCAACCAGAAAUAGAACCAGAAUCUUUUGAACUUCCAGAAGAUAUGAAUAUAGAUGAAGAAAUAAAAGAAGACAAUCCUGAAGAUAAAGAAGAAAAUCCCUUUGAUAUUGAUCAGAUGAAAGAAUCUAAAAUUCCAGAAAAAGAAGAUGAAAAAGAUGAAGAAAAAGAAAAUUCUGAAGGAAAUAAACAGGAAGAUUCUGAUGAAGAAGAUGACAAUGAAGAAGAAGAUCUAAAUGUGGACAAUAACAAAAGAAAGGAUGAAAAAGUUAUAAAUUCUGAAGAGGAUGAAAAAGAUGAUAUAAAGGAACAGGAUAUUGAAGACAAAAAUGAAACAAAGGAAGAUAAAGCAGCAGCUAGUUUUGAUACAAAUAGCAAAGAAGUUGAUGCUUCACAAGAAGUAGAAUCCAAAAAAGAUGGCUCUAGGGAUGCAGUAGAAAAUCAGUCAAAUGAGGAACAAAUGGAAAUAAACCCUACAGAAAGUAGUAUAGAUAAUAAAAACGAUAAAGGAACUGGUCAAUCACAAACGGAACAAAGUGAAGGACAUUCUGGUUCUAAACAGGAAAAAAUUUCACCUAUUUCUGGUGAGGAAAAAUCUUCGACACCUACUCGAAAACAAAGAAAACCAGGUCAAAGUGAUGAAAAUCGUAGUUUAUUUGAUGACAGUAAUGAACCUUCUAUGAAAAAAUUAAAAACUGAUGUAAUGCAACAAGACUUAGAUAGUCCAGAAGAAAAAAAGAAACCUGAAAAUGGUGAUAAAAGUGAAACUUACGAACAUAUUAAAAAUAAAGAGAAAUUUGAUGACUAUGUUUUUGAUGCUGCAACUGAGGAGCAAAUUAAAAAACAGGCAUCGAAUUUAGAAGAAGAUAAAAAGGACCAAAUGGAUGAUGAACUGGAAGAUGAUGAUGAUAUUAAGAUGCACGAAGAGUCAUCACUGAGCGAUCAAGAGAAAGAAACAAGAAAAGAACAACCACAGAAAGUCCUCGAAAAUAAAAGGGAAAAACCCACUAAUGUCAGAGGUGAAAAAUCAGAUGAUGUAGAACAAAUUGAGGUAGGAGGUGAAGUUGAAGGCAAAACAGUGGGGACAACUCGUGUUUUACGAGGAAAUGAAUCGACCAUUCACACAAAAUUAACAGAAACAGAAUCUCACGAGAUUUUUGUUGAUGACAUUGCACAAAAGAGAUCUGAAAUUGAAGAUAUGUUAAGUCAAUGGUCUCAAGGACCAUCCUCGGUAGAAGCAACAAAUGCUUGGAGUUCCAUAAGUGCAUUAACAGAAUCAGCUGCUAGGGAACUAUCAGAAAAAUUGCGAUUAGUAUUAGAACCGACAUUAAGUUCCCGAUUGAAGGGAGAUUACAGAACUGGUAAACGAAUAAACAUGAGAAAAGUAAUUCCUUAUAUUGCCAGUGAAUUUCGAAAAGAUAAAAUUUGGUUGAGGCGUACAAAACCAUCAAAAAGAGAUUAUCAAAUUGUAUUAGCUAUUGAUGACUCUAGUAGUAUGGCUGAUAAUCAUUCAAAAGAAUUGGCAUUUGAGUCCCUUUCAUUAAUUGGCAAAGCUAUGACCUAUUUAGAGGUUGGUCAACUUGCUGUUAUUAAUUUUGGGGAACAUGUAAAUAUCCUUCAUUCUUUCGGGGAAAACUUUACAGAAGAAAGUGGUGCCAGAUUAAUUCAAGAAAUUAAAUUUGAACAGAAAAGAACAAUGAUUGGUCAACUGCUUGAUUUCACAGUAGAAAUGUUCACAUCGCAAUGCAGUUCUUCCGACAAUGCAAAACUAGUAACCAUUUUGUCAGAUGGUAGAGGAAUAUUUUCCGAAGGAACAGAAAAAGUUACAGCAGCUGUGAGGAGGGCUAAAUUACUGAAUAUUUUCCUCGUUUUUAUAAUAAUUGAUAAUCCUCUUAAUAAGGAUUCCAUACUCGACAUAAGAAUGCCAAUUUUUGAGGAUGGUAAAUUAUUAGGUAUACGUUCUUAUAUGGAUAACUUUCCAUUUCCAUUUUAUAUUAUUCUUCGAGAUUUGAAUACUUUACCUGUUGUGCUAAGCGAUGCAUUACGACAGUGGUUCGAAAUUGUAGGCAGAAUUGAUACAUGA